ACGCCGCGGGGCCUGCUUAUCGCCGGUUCAGCGCAGCCCCGAGUCGCCCAGGCCUGAACUCCUACCCAGGUCCCGGUGACGACCCCGGGCCCGCGAGGACGCCGGAGGCCACCCCUCGGGCGUGGGGAGCGGAGCCGCGGGUCAGCUCUGCGAGCGUCCCGUGCUGGCCUGGCCGGCCCCGCCCCCGCCCCGGGCCAUGGCCCAGCCCUUGUCCCGGCCCCUCAUCCUAUCCCAAUCUCAGCUUUGGCCGCCGGCCACGCCCUCGCCCCACUUCCCAAACCUGCCCCGGCCCCGGCCAAUGUCCCAGCGAAUGCCCAGGACCAGGUCCCCGCUCCAACCCCAGUCCCUGCCUCUGACUUGGCCGCUAUCUCCGCCUCGGCCCUUGUUCCACCCCUUGUCACAAAUCCCAGCCCAGCCUCUGACCCCGUCCCAUUCCCAGCGUUUGCUUAAGCCCCUCGCCCAGCCCCAGCCCUUGUUCCCGUCCCCAUUUCCCUCACUCCUCCCAGCACAUCUUCUGCCCUUGUUUGAGCCCCAGUGCUCAGUCCAACGCAACCCAAUAUCUCAGCCUUUGCCCCCAUCUCUGUGUUUGCCCAAGUCUCUUCCGCUGGCUCCCCGCCUCUCUCAUACUCUGCCCCUCUCCCAGCCUCGACUCAGGUCUGGGCUCCAGUUGCCGCCAGCCCUAUUGCUGCUGUUGCUGUUUUCUGUCCUUGGUCCAGGGGCUGGAGGCCUUUUCCUGACCGAUUACUCCACCUGCUCACCCCGAAAGCUCAGCCCAUUUCGCUCCUUUGCCAGCACCGAGCUCUUCCACUUCCACGUUCCUGAGGACACGUUCCUGGCUGUUUGGAACCUCAUCAUCUUCAAGGAACAGGGAGGAACCUUUGGGGACCACUGCCCAGAUCAAAGUGUGACUGUGUAUUUCCGCUCUGGAGCGCCCCCUGUCAUCAAUCCCCUGCAUACACACUUUCCAACAGACACGGCUGUGCCUGGGGUUUUCUCACUCACCCUCAGCUGGACACUGCCCAACAGAACCUCAGGCAUCUUUAACGUCAGCAGCCCCUUACCUGGGGACUGGUUCUUGGCUGCACACCUUCCCCAAGCCCAUGGCCACAUCUCUGUCAAGGGUCUCCAGGACGAGUGUCAGUACCUCCUUCAGCCACAGCUGAUUGUCCGACGUUUGCUGGAUGUGGCUGUACUGGUUCCUGGCCGUCCCUCAGAGCAAACCCUCUCCCCUCACAAUCGUUCAGCCUUGUAUAAGGUCUUUGUGCCCAGCUUCACUUACAGGGUUUCAGCACAACUGGUGUGUGUAGGGGGCCGAGGGGCAUCUGCCUGCCCCCUGACACUGCACCUACGUCCCAAGGCCCCACCACUGCACAACUCAAGCUCUGUGGCCUGUGGAGGUGCCUCAGUAUGCCAGCUGGAGUUGGCCCUGCCCCCCUGGGGGCACUGGGUCUAUGUGCGUGUGGAGACACCAUCCCGCGGCCCUGGCAGGAUCAUCCGCUUCCAGCUAUGUGUACGGUUACAAGAGUGUCCACAACCCAGCCUGUCCCGUGCCUUGGUCCCUGGGGCUGCCAUGAAUAUGCCCCAAUCACUGGGCAACCAGCCACUGCCCCCAGAGCCACCAUCCCAGGGGACCCCUGUAGAAGGGUCUGCAGCCACAUCGCCACCUGAGCACUGCUGGCCAGUGCGUCCCACUCUGCGCAAUGAGCUGGAUACCUUCUCUGUCCACUUCUACAUCUUCUUUGGUCCCAGCGUGGCUCUUCCACCUGAGCGCCCAGCUGUGUUUGCUCUGAGGCUGUUGCCAGUGCUGGACAGUGGAGGUGUCCUUAGUCUGGAGCUGCAGCUCAAUGUGAGUUCCCUGCACCAAGAAAAUUUAACAGUGUUCGGAUGCCUGACUCAUGAGGUGCCCUUGAGCCUGGGGGAUGCUGCUGUGACCUGUUCCAAAGAGUCCCUCUCAGGUUUCCUCCUCUCAGUCAGUGUCAUGUCCAGAGUGGCCAGACUUCGAAUUCCUUUCCCACAGACGGGGACCUGGUUCCUGACCCUCCGCUCUCUUUGCGGGGUGGGACCUCGGUUCGUGCGAUGCCGCAAUGCGACGGCUGAAGUGCGGUUGCGCACCUUCCUGUCCCCAUGCGUGGAUGACUGUGGGCCCUAUGGCCAGUGCAAGCUGCUGCGCACCCACAACUACCUGUACGCGGCCUGCGAGUGCAAGGCUGGGUGGCGAGGCUGGGGUUGCACAGACAGUGCCGAUGCGCUCACCUAUGGAUUCCAGCUGCUGUCCACACUCCUCCUCUGCCUGAGCAACCUCAUGUUUUUGCCACCUGUGGUCUUGGCCAUUCGGAGCCGGUACGUGCUGGAAGCUGCUGUCUACACCUUCACCAUGUUCUUCUCCACGUUCUAUCAUGCCUGUGACCAGCCAGGCAUUGUGGUUUUCUGCAUCAUGGACUACGAUGUGCUUCAGUUCUGUGACUUCCUGGGCUCCUUAAUGUCGGUUUGGGUCACCGUCAUUGCCAUGGCUCGUUUGCAGCCCGUGAUCAAGCAGGUGUUGUAUUUGCUGGGGGCUAUGCUGCUGUCUAUGGCUCUGCAGCUUGACCGGCAUGGACUCUGGAACCUGCUUGGACCCAGUCUCUUCGCCCUUGGGAUCUUGGCUACAGCUUGGACAGUUCGCAGCGUCCGGCGCCGGCACUGUUAUCCGCCAACAUGGCGCCGCUGGCUCUUCUACCUGUGCCCGGGCAGCCUUAUUGCAGGCAGUGCCGUCCUUCUGUAUGCUUUCGUGGAGACCCGGGACAACUACUUCUACAUUCAUAGCAUUUGGCAUAUGCUCAUUGCUGGCAGCGUAGGCUUCUUGCUACCUCCUCGUGCCAAGACUGACUGCCGGGUCCCAUCUGGAACUCGGGCCCGGGGCUGUGGUUACCAGCUGUGCAUCAAUGAACAGGAAGAACUGGGCCUUGUGGGCCCUGGAGGGGCCACUGUCAGCAGCAUCUGUGCCAGCUGAGAGGGGCUUUGGGCCAGGCUCCUAGGGGUUAUGAACCCUGCCUAGGGUUCCUCCUGGGGCUGUGGAGCCCUUCUAGGAACAAGGGACAAGUUGUGUUUCUUAGAGACGCACAGUCUUUCUCAAGGAUGACUGUUUUCAGGGACCAGGAGGCCUUCCCAAGACAUGGAGAAUUUCCUAAGAGCCCGGAGUCCUCCUGUUCUUCUGGAGUCCUUCUUAAGGAUGAGCUAUGCAGGACACAGCCCCUCAGGACCUAGGGGUGCGGAGCCCUUCCCAGGGAUAGGAAGAGCUCCUACAGACAUGAGAUACUUCUCAAGGAGACAAAUUGUCAUCAGGAAUGAAUCAUCAGUACAGAGGGAAAAAGGAGUCCAUCUUGGAGAAACACAUCACCAGAUUUUCCCAGAGGCUCUGCAACACUGGCCACAUCUGGACUGUGCUGUGCUGGGCAGAGGGCUGGGAGAGACAGCUGGGGCGGGGCUAGGCAGCUGGGGUCCUGAUUUGAUGCAGGUGGAGUCUGGUUUGUCUCCAAUGAAGUCCGUACUGAUUCUGUGCUGCCUUUCUUUACCCUCCUGGGGCCAGGGUGUGGGGAGAUGGAGGGAAAGGGACACUGAGGAAAUCGUGUGACAGGACCUUCCUGAAAAAGAUGCUGGAAGCUACUGUCUGUGACGUCUGCCCUAUGGCUUGCACACCCACAUCUCUCUCAUCUGGUUCCUGUGUUUAAUUCCAAAACUCCCUGCUGUCCAUUUCCUGGUUGUUGUGGACCCUAAUCUGUGGCAGUGAAGAGGGGAGUGCGCAUGCGUGUGUGCGUGUGCUUGCUGUGUGUGUGCAGAGAUGAAUUCAUAAGACAGGCUUCCCCACGACGCCUACACCCACAGAGAAGGAAGCUAAGUGCCAGGAAACUGGAGUAACAGGUACAAAUUUCAGGUGUACAAGGCACUAUAAGAAUGGAACUACUAUUUUAAGCUUCCAUUUUUUCUUGCAUGCCAGAAAUAAUCUUGUAUGAAUUUAGAUUUCUUUUUUUAGUGUGUGUGUGUGUGUGUGUGUGUGUGUGUGCGCGCGCGUGUUUCCGCACGCACGUUCGUGUGUUGCUGUGUAUAUAGUUUGUUCUGGUCUGGAUAUCAUGGUCCUCGGGGUCCUGGAAUUACAGACAUGGACAUCAUGCCUGGCAGCUGAACUCUUUCUUCCCCCAUGGGCUCAUAACUGAGUUUUGAGGAUUUUGUCUUAUGCUAAAAUACUAGAAGAAUUCUUUCUGGUCCCCAGUGUCUCUACUUCAUCCAUUUUCUGAGAGCUCUGUCAUCCCAACUGGUUCCCAGUCAGCAGUCAGACAGACUGCUAAAUACUGAGCCAUUUUAUUUUUUGUUCUGUCUGUGUAUCUCCGAGUGUCUGCCCCCAAGUUGUGUGCCACGUGAGGUGUUUCUACUGGGCUACCCAGACACAACAUGAAGCCAGUUCUCUCCCGGGGUCCUAUGCAGGGUUUUACCUGAUAGGGCAGAAGAUGAGUUGUUUUCCCUGUAGAUGAAGCCGGAUUCUUCAGGGAAUCUGGGACAGCGCUCAUACUUCCCUCCUCUCACCCCUCCCUCUUAUCAAUCUGGAGGAGACAACCUCACAUUUCGACAGAAUCUUUUCUCUGUGCCUUAAUCCUUUCUAUUCUCUCCACAGCCUAGGCCUUUGAAGCUCAGAGCCUGGGAAAUACCACUUUAUUCUUUACUCUCAGCAAUCAGAUCACUUCCCUGAGGCACCGGGUAAAGAAUAAAGUAGCUGACUGAGUGGCAAGGAGUGAAGGUGGACGGGCCUGGUGUUGGCUCCUGUAUCAGAAGUGCUGUUCUUGGGCCAGGUGUGGGGUGCACACCUUUAUCCCAGCACUCUAGGGGUAGGAGCUGGCGAAUUGACGUGAGUUCAAGCCAGCCAAAUUUACAUAGGCCCUCUCUUAAAUAAAAUAAAAAUGGUUGGAGAAAUGGCUCAGUGGUUAAGAGCAUUGCUCUUCCAGAGGACUGGAGUUAAAUUCCCUGUACCCAGUUACAGGAUAAGAUGCCUGUAACUAAAGCUCCAGGGACACAUCACCUCUGGACCCCAUAGGGACUUCUCCAUACAAGUACACACACAGACACACAUA